AAUUCUGCAAGUGGUUCUAAUUUACUAUCGCUGUUCUCUAGCUGGUCUAAAACCGAUUUUGACCUAAAGGGACGCUUUUUGGACGCCAUGGGCGUUUCUCAGUUUCCAGGCAGAAAGAACAGUAAAAAAUGCAGGCAGGGCACAGGACAAAGCACUCGGGACAAAAUGUAUGUGAAAUGGUUUGAUACAUGAAUUUAGUGAAUGCCAAUUUUUGUCAUUUUCAAAUUUCUCUCCGUUCUGUCCCCAUACAUCCCGACGUCGCAGGGAAUGGAACCCAGAAGACAGAUGCCGGCAUCCGCUGGAGGACAUUACAGGGGACACUGCAGGAGAGACAU